UUAUAUAACGGAUGAUAUGUGCAAACUUGAGGAUUUGUUGCUGCCAGGUGAUUUACUCAACCCCAAGUUACAAGUAGCAAGUGUGAAGAUUGGCCGGUGCCUGGAGAUUAACUGGAAAUAUGUUGGGACUACAACGUUUCGCCGGCAGCAUCGUCACACAGCUCUAUAGACGCACAUACAGCAGCAAUGCACGUGCGGCACUGGCAACGGCGGCUGCCAGUAAUGGGCAAGGGGCGGGGGUGACGACGGGCACAGGAGCAGCAGCUGAUGCGCCCGAAGGAAAUGCACUGGCUACAGAAGCCAGUGCUAAGAAACCAAAGGUUUCAGGCCAAAUGGUAGCCGCGGCUUUUGAAUCACUGCGAAAUGAGAAAACCGGCGAAAGCUCAAGCAGCGCCGCAGUAGUAAAUAAUAUUGACGAGCGUAUUGUGAAUGCCAAGACAGUCAAUGGUCUGUUGGCUAUUACGGAGAACAACAAUUCAUUUUCGCGUAAGCACGCGCUGAAGAUUGUUUCCAUCCUCGCUGAAUGGAGCACAAUAAACCGCGUCAAGCUGUCAGAGUUCGAAAAUGAUACGAGAUUCCUGCGCAUCUGUCGCAUGUUAGGGCGCACUACGCCCAAAAAUGGCAAGAAUUCCACUGAGCAAACCAACAAUGGCUCAAAACGCAUUUCCGGUUUUCGCACGGAUGAUCUGAAUACGGUCCUCGGUGUGGCCGGCGAUGAUGAGGCAGCCAAGCUUAUAGCCAGCAUUAGCUUAUCGCAAAUGGUGAAGGUCAUGAGCACAUUGGCACAACGUAAACGUCGCUCUACGCCACUGCUGCGAUCGCUAGCGUUCAACAUAAGCAGCGCGUCGGAGCAACUGGAUCUGAAGCAGGCAGCCGAUGUGCUGUACGCUAUGGCAAUGCUAAACUUUCAGGAUUCUGUUCUGGGAGCUAAAAUUUGCGCAGAUGUGCAGUCGGCGCUGCCAAAGAAUUCCGAAAAGUCUUCUGUGGUGGGCUCGGUGCUGACCAGUUUGGGAAUACUGCGCUAUAGGGAUUUGGACAUAUUGGAAUCAUUGACGCAAUGGCUUUUGAAAAAUUCGGAAAUCUGUCGACCACAGGAUCUAAGCGCUUAUUUUCAAACUUCGGCUUUGCUAAACUUUAAGAGCGCACAGCUGGAGGAUGUAAGCAAAAAGCUAUCAAAAUCCAUUAUUCGUGAGGACUUUACCAAGCAAGUGGACUGGCUAAACUAUGUGUGGUCGCUUAGUAUGCUCGGCCUUGUUGACCACAGUCAGCUGGCGUCUGUACUGGACGCAACCUUCGUGGAACAACUGAAAAGCGAAAAAACUGGACUGUCGCCCACUUGCAAAAUGAGGUUGCUGAAUCUGAAUAGCUAUGCGCAGCUACUGACUACAGACUACAAAGGUGCCUUGCUGCCAGCGGAUAGUCCGGUGUACCAGGUGCCCAUGGCGCAUACCAAGUCCAAACAGAUACUUGUCAAUGGCAUGCUAGAUGCUCUUAAGAGUCUGCUGCCCACCAGUAAUCAUGUGCAAACUGCAGUAGAUAGUAAAAUGGGUUUUCUAAUUGAUGCCACAUGCCAGUUUGAUGCUAAUAGAAAUCCACUGCCGCUGGAUAAACUGACUCCAAACUCUAUUAAAAUCGCUUUAAUGGUCAUUGAUUUCCAUGACAUUUGUCAUGGCACGCAUCGUUGUGCCAGCGGUAUAGCGAAUCUAACUUUUGAUAUGCUGGAACGGAGUGGAUAUCAGGUUAUAGCAGUGCCCUAUAAUGAGUUUAGCACCAGUGACAAGUUACUGAAGCGCGUUCAGUAUUUGGAGGCUAAAUUUAAGGCCGUUGUUGUUAGUAGCAAAUAAAUUUAAUUUUUCAAACUGUUAAUGCAAAA